UCUAAAAGGGAGAGAGGGGCCCCAACUUGAGAUGGAGACAUAAGGUUGCCUAUAUAUACCAUCUUUUUGAUCGUCCUUAAUCAGUGUUGCCUUCAUCCCUUCAAAUUGAGAGAAGAACCAUCCAAGCUCCCUACAUCAUUUCCCCAUUCCUUUUCCCUUGUUUUUUUGUCUCUAAAUUUAUGACUACUUCUACUAUUUAAGAGAGAAAAAAACCCAUCUCUCGUAAAACACCCAUCUUCAGGAUUCAACACCAACUAGGCAGCUACCAACAAAUACAUUGAAACAAUCCUUAGAAAUCGGAAGAGAAUCAAGAACAUACAAUCUUUUUUUAAAACUUCUUGAUCAAUCCUUGCUCAUAAUUUUCAGACUAAAAGAACAGAUAGUGAGUGAAAAAUUCGUACGUUUAUAUAUGGGCUGCUGCCAUUCAAAGAAAGUUAGUCGUUCACCUGGAUACGAGGAUCCUACUAUCCUUGCCUCUGAAACACCAUUCACAGUUAGUGAAGUGGAAGCCUUGUUCGAGUUGUUCAAAAAAUUGAGCAGCUCCAUAAUUGAUGACGGCCUGAUUCACAAGGAAGAGCUCCAACUUGCACUCUUCAGAAACAGUAAAAAAGAAAAUCUCUUUGCCGAUAGGAUCUUUGACUUAUUUGAUUUAAAGCGUAAUGGUGUUAUCGAAUUCGGAGAAUUCAUUAGAUCACUAGGAGUUUUCCACCCAAAUGCACCCGUACAGCAGAAGAUCGACUUUGCUUUUCGAUUGUAUGAUCUGCGACAAACUGGGUUUAUUGAGCAAGAAGAGUUGAAGGAGAUGGUUCUGGCACUGUUGCAUGAAUCGGAUUUGAUCCUAUCAGAUGAUGUUAUCGAGACAAUUGUCGACAAGACAUUUACCGAAGCAGAUUUGAAAGGCGACGGAAAGAUAGACCGAGAAGAAUGGAAUGAAUUAGUAAAGAAGUAUCCUGCAUUGCUAAAGAAUAUGACACUUCCAUAUUUAAAGGAUAUUACAUUAGCUUUUCCGAGCUUUAUUUUAAGCUCUGAAGUUGACGACAUCGAAGUCUGAUAAAACCGAAAUAGUACACGUUUAGGAUCAAGCUCUAAACUUUCUUCACGUUCUCUCCGACUUUCAAACAUGUUUCAGCUCUACUGUUUGUGGACAAGAACGAGCCAAGGGGAACUCGGAUGGUUUUAUGCGUAUCGUUUGGAUCACAUUCGUCCUUCUUUACAAACCAAAAGAAAAGUGUAGGUAGAUAUCUAUAUGUAACCGAUAGAGUAUAUAACGACAUAUCUUGGGGUCUCGACCAUAAAAUCUUGCUGAUGUUUGAAGCCCAAAAUAUGUUAUAUGGUUUGAUGUCGAGGAGGAAUAUCUCGAUCUCGUACAUAUUUAGUUAAGAGUAGGUAUAGCACUAUAUAUAGAGCUGCUGUUUUUUUUUUCAAUGGCAGGUCAUAUAGUCUUAGAAGUAGAUAGAUGUGUAUAAUACUAGGUGUGCAAAAUGAAAGCUGAUUAGUUUAGUGAAACAUGCCUGAAAGUUUAUGCUUACUAAAGUUUAUACUGUUUGAAGAGGUCGAAUGUAUACAACUUUAGUCUUGAUAUUUUAUCUUGUUUCGAUAAUC